AAAAAGUUGAGGCAGAUUGGUGGUAAACAUCGAUGAGACAAGAUUUUAAAAUGGCCGCUUGGAGAAGAUUCGUGUUUAUUAUUGGAACAUUGGUUACAGUACAAUGCCAGUACUAUUAUUAUGAUGAUUAUUUUCCAGAAGAAAGCAAGUUUCAGAAGUUAAAAGGAGACAAUUAUGAGUCACCUGUUUAUGUCGAAGAUGUUGAAAAACCGCAUUAUUGGAUUCGAUUGAGAGACAGAUCUCAACGCUUACUUGAUGCAUUCGGUCGUCGUGGUUAUAACCCAAACAGGAGGCAGACAACGUAUGAAGGCUCAUACCAAAAUAGUCCGCGGAGGUCAAACAUACAGCGAUCAGAUUGGCAAACGUAUACAGAUACUCGAAACUACGUGAAGGGUCCAAGAAUUAACACCCAAAAUGGCGUAGGAACUUCAGAGCAUCACGUCCAUCCCCAGGAAACCGUGCAGGUAACGGCGCGCCGUUAUGAUGAUGCGAGAACCAAUUACGUUGAUCGACAGGACAGAAGACGAAAAAAAAACCAAAAAAAACGAAAGAACAGAAAGAAAAGUUCGACCGAGUACUCCAGGCCUUCACGAAAUACGAUUAGACGUGAUAACCGACAGAGAUACCGUGCUCGGUCAACGCAAGCACCAACAACCACUGGAUCUGCUCAAGGCUAUCAAGGAUGCAUAGAUACUGGGAUGUAUUGCACGUUUUGGAAAAGUAUUGGAUGCUGUGAAGAGGAUUUAGGACGAAAAUUCUGCAAGAAAACGUGUGGAUUCUGUUCUCCACGGCAGAUGUUGUGUCCUUCCUCGUACAAGUAUGGUUGUUGUUAUGACGGCAGAGAAGCCUUGGAUUUCUUCAAGUCGAGCUGCCCCAAGUGCAGAGACAAAUCCAGAAUCUGCCGUAAACCAGUUAUCUACCGAGAUUGCGAUCCACAUUCAAAGAAUACUUUGGCAACGAGACGCUUGUGUCCGGUAACUUGUGGGGCCUGUUAUGAUUAUUCCACGAGCGAGCGAUGAUCUGCUCAUGAUCUCGCUGACAUGCAUGUCAACUGUGGACGAAAGACAGCUCUACCUAUGUAUACAGUAUUCCGUUUCGGACAAUCUAGAUAAGACAUAAUAUUCUUUUUCAUCUUAUAUCUUAUGCAGUGUAUUAGUUAUUGAAGAAUUCGUUUUUAUAUAGGCUACAUAUAGUUAAACGUGGUAUAUAUAAAAGUUAUAAACAUCCUAAAAUUGGAGCUAUUUUGCCGAAGAUUAGACGUUUGUCGUCAUUAACCGAAUAGCUUUGUUCAGUGUCAAUAUAAUAACAAAUAAAGCCAUCGCUUGCAUGCACGUUGCAGUAUGAACUACUGAAAUGCAAAAUAUAUUCAAAUAUUAUGAAUGUUUCUAGUGGAAAAAAUCUAUGAAUUUUAUAAUGGACAUCAGUUCAGUCUUCCUAAAGGUACGGUAAGGAUCAUCUUCUAUUGAUUCGGUG